AUGCAUACCAUUGGCCAUGGUCCUUCACAGUCAACAUGCGGCGAUUGUUACGGCAUACACAUUGAGCAGUCUGAUACCAGUAGCCCUAUGGACAUCACCAUUACAGGUCGACGACCCUAUCAAGGCCUCUUGGUGCAAGUCAAGAAUACAAACAAUGUUACAGUGGGAGAGUUUGUCGAGUAUGCAGAAGAUCUAUAUUAUCCUGUCGUAUGCGAAGAUGAAGAUGUGGCUAUCGAAAGACCUGAAGGAUGGGCAGGAAGUAUUGGACAUACGGAUGCAAAGCUCAAGUCAUGGCCUGUACAGCUACGCUGGUCGUCAGCAACACAAGAUGUGAUUGAUUCGCCAUCCACUCAUCUAAGGGUCCAGGGCAUGGUUGUGUUGGAUUAUGACAACUACCACAUAUUACCUGAGAUGCCAUUUACUGUUCGCAAACCAAAAGCACUUCCUCCAUCACCGACACCUUCACCCACUACAACAACUCCAAUCAUACAACUUGAUCCAACUGAUACAUUCACAACAUCGCCACUCGCAGAAGCCACCUUGAUCGAUUCACAGCCUGUUGAGAGAGAUGAGGAAUCAACAACCUUAUUCUUGCAAGUACUAUGCUUUAUCAUAUCAAUGUACUUUAUGAUGGCGUUGUUACGAAAGCGAUUACGACGUGGUAGCAAUACAACGACAACGCCGGAUCCGGAAGCAGGGCAUAUCCACUAG